AUGGCGUUACGCAGCAAGUUCCGAUCACUGACCCUCCGGCGCUUCUCCACCUCAAUCCUGAGCCCGGACUCCAAAACCCCGCUCACCAGCAAAGAGAAAUCGUGUGCCGCCCUCUCCCUCCUCCGCUUCGAGAGCAACCCGGAGCGCGUCCUCGACAUCUGCCGCGCCGCCGCCCUCACCCCCAACACGCACCUCGACCGCGUCGCCUACUCGCAGGCCAUCACCAAGCUCAAGAAGUCCCAUUACUACGAGGGAAUCCGCUCCUUCAUCACCGACUCCCUCGCCCGCCCCGAUCUCAAAUCGGAGCGCUCCGUCUCGCACUUCAUCGUCCUCUAUGGCCAGGCCGGCCUCGUCAAGGACGCAGUCAAGCUGUUCGAAGUAAUGCGCCAAUACGGCGUCACGCAAAACGUCAAAUCCCUGAACGCGCUGCUGAUCUCCUGCAUCAUGGCCCGGGAGUACGGGGAGAUGAAGCGGACAUACAUAGUAGGAGAGAGAGAUUAA